CUGGUACCAGCUCAAGACACUCUGAUCUUAAUUAUGGCCUGGACUCACACUGUCCUGCUCUCGCUGCUGCCCACAGUCCUCGUGCUGAUCGCGCUGACUGGGGUUGAAAGUGCAGCUGUUAAAGAUGGAAAAGACAGGAAAGCUCAAGGACCAUCUAAGCAAGUUUUCGUGCCAGCAUCUGAUGCCUCAAACUUCUUCAAACGGCGUGCUCGACGAUCUCCUAAAACUUAUGAGGAAUACUAUGCGGAGCAGAGGGUAAAGAUGUCUGCAAAUGAGCGGCGGCGGGAACACUUAGAGGAACAGAGCAACGAACACGAGAACUAUUUAGAAGAGGAGCGUGACGAACAGUAUGAGAGAACCAGAGAGAGGAACGAACAGUGGAGAGAGUUCAACUAUGAUGGUCAAUACCCUCAAUACCCUCACCACCGCCAGUACUAUUAAACAACCCCUCUGAUAGAGACCAACUCAUCAUUGGAUGAUAAUUUCAAGACAUAAUAGAAACAUAUAAGCACUUAUAGACCUAAAGCUCUUAACACAUGCAUAAUAAAGUGCUUUUUGUGUGUUUAAUGUCA